GAGCUUCUUGCACGUCCUGUUAUCCACCGCUUCAGAAAACAUACAACUCUCUCACAAUGGCUGCCGUAAUUCAAACCGUGUCAGAGAGCAAAGAGCUUCGCGGGCUCAACCUCAUCGCGGCGCAUUCCCAUAUUCGUGGUCUAGGAGUAGAUCCAGAUACUCUCGAGCCACGGACAUCAUCGCAAGGGUUGGUGGGACAGGAAAGAGCGCGUAAAGCUGCAGCGGUCAUUCUGCAGAUGGUCAAGGAGGGCAAGAUUGCUGGACGGGCUGUGUUGAUUGCCGGGCCUCCUAGUACGGGAAAGACAGCUAUUGCGAUGGGUAUGGCACAAUCCCUGGGUUCCGAUGUUCCCUUCACGAUGUUAGCCUCGUCCGAGAUAUUUUCCCUCGAGAUGUCCAAGACCGAAGCUUUGGAGCAAGCAUUCCGCAAGUCGAUCGGCGUCCGGAUAAAGGAAGAGAGCGAGAUGAUUGAGGGAGAGGUCGUCGAGAUCCAGACCGACCGGAGUGUAACAGGAGGCACGAAACAGGGCAAGCUCACAAUCAAGACCACCGACAUGGAAUCGGUAUACGACAUGGGCAGCAAGAUGAUUGAUGCCAUGACCAAGGAGCGAGUGAUGGCAGGAGACAUAAUUUCUAUUGACAAGUCCUCCGGCAAGAUCAGCAAGCUGGGGAGAUCAUUCGCCAAAUCACGCGACUACGAUGCUAUGGGCGUAGACACCAAGUUCCUCCAGUGCCCAGACGGAGACCUUCAGAAACGCAAGGAAGUCGUGCAUACAGUUAGCCUCCACGAGAUUGACGUGAUAAACUCGAGAACGCAAGGGUUCCUAGCACUGUUUUCCGGAGACACUGGCGAGAUUAGAAGCGAAGUUCGGGACCAGAUCAACACAAAAGUAGCAGAGUGGAAGGAAGAAGGCAAGGCAGAAAUUGUGCCAGGCGUGCUCUUCAUUGACGAAGUCCACAUGCUCGAUAUUGAAUGUUUCUCGUUCAUCAACCGAGCUCUCGAAGACGAAUUAGCACCUAUCGUCAUAAUGGCCAGCAACAGAGGCAACUCUCGCAUCCGCGGCACAAACUACCGCAGUCCCCACGGCCUGCCCCUCGAUUUCCUCGACCGCGUAGUGAUUGUCAGCACACACGCCUAUGCAAAGGAGGAAAUCCAGCAGAUCUUAUCUAUCCGCGCCCAAGAGGAGGAAGUCGACAUUACACCAGAUGCCCUCGCUCUCCUGACCAAGAUUGGACAAGAGACCGGUCUGCGCUAUGCCAGCAAUCUGAUUACCACCAGCCAGCUGAUCUCAGCAAAGAGACGGGCAAAGCAAGUCGGGAUUGAGGAUGUGCAGCGUAGUUUCCAGCUGUUUUAUGAUUCUGGAAGAAGCGUCAAGUUCGUGGCUGAGUUUGAGAAGCGGUUGAUUGGUGAUGCUGGGGCUGUGAAUUUGAGCUUCACGAAUGGACAUGGUGAUGCUAUGGAGAUUUCUUGAUUUGACUUUCUUGGUCGGAAGGCGUUGGGUGUACGAUUGAUCCAUUCCUGGGGGCCUGACUUACGCAGGUAGAGCGGGGAUUUGGCCCUGGGAAAAUGAGAUGAUAUGAUAUGGUAGAUCGAAGUGUACUGUACAAGUAGAAAAAGUUCGUUAGCACCUGAGUGUAAUGCCACGAUUUGGAAGAGUGCAAACACUAACACUAAUAUUGUGAAAUAAGGAUAGGUAGCAUCAUUAUGAACUUUUACUUUCCAUUUCUUUUUGGGUAUCAUUCAUGCUCAUGAAUCUCAGGCGUCUCAUUAUUCAUACAAAAUCCACAACUCUAUCCCAAGGUCCAUCAUCACCAAGUCUCCUAAAUUCAACCCCUUCACCGAAAUAUCCUGCAUCCUGCCACGCAACCAUCGUAGGACCAUCAUAAGGACCUUGCUUCGCCGCUCCAUCUCGUCCAUCAAUCCACCUAUAUUCCCACAUCUUGGCCGGCAUCUCUUCAGCAAUCUCCUCUUUAGGCGGUUCUACCCAAUCUUCUCCCGAUUCACGCCUGUACUGCCGAAUCAGCAUCUCCCUCUCCUGCUCAUAAAUCUCCGUCUGUCCUCUUGUGAGCAGGUGAUCCGCCGCACCAGUAAUCUUGUUGACAGCAUCUCUAAUUUUAACCUGCUCCGGAUCCUCAUCCUCUUUCUUAGCAUCUACUUCCAUUGGAUCCUGACCCUUCUUCUUUAAUUUCCAUUUCGGGAUCUUCUUUGUUUUUGUCUGACCUUUGCCGAGACGAGCGAGAGCUUCUAGGACUGUUUCUCCACGCUCGAGAUGUAGGAUGAGAACACGGAGGAUGUCAGGGAGCAGCAUUGCAUCGUCCUCUAGUCGCUUCUGCCGUAGUUCCGCCUCGCGCUUCUCAUGUGCUUCAGCAGCUUUCUUCAUCUCCUUCUUGCUGACGCCUUCUAACCACAUAUCAUGCUUUGCAUCUGGAUCGUUUGCUUUCCGUACAAAGUUUCCUGCAGCAUCAAAUCGGCCUUCUUCCUGCUCGGCUUUCAUGUUGAAUGCAUCGACUUUGGGAGCAUUACGCUUCAAACCACCAGCGCCGACUUCCUCGUCAAUGUCUUCUUCCUGUGCAGCGAGCGCAGCGUCUUCUUCGUCGUCUGAGGAAAGCUGGUCGUCCAUUGCGUGGGUGGAGAGUUUGCCUUUGGGAUCGAGUGCGAAAUUCCCUGAGACGUGACCACCGCUGCGACUGCUCUCCACCUGGCCCUCUAUCUCAUCGACAUCAAGAAACUUGACUGCCUUCUCUUUGGCUUUUGAGCUCACUGCGCCCUCUUCCUUCUCAUCAUCCUCUUCCAGGUCUCCAAACAUAUCCUCAUCUUCAUCUUCCUCGGCAGGCCCAUUACCUCCACUCCCAUCCUUCCCAUACUCAAACGCCUCUGCGAGAUUUACUUCCCCUUUCUUCCCCUUCUUACUCCUCGCCCUCUCUUCAGCGCGAGCAUCGAACCCCUCAUUCUCGGAGUCGCUGUCAUAACCGUCGAUAUUGACAGCCCCACGCUUCAUGCCCGCCCCAGACCCGAUAACGUCGGCUUCGAGUACGGCAUCUUCUUCAGGCGCGUCGGGCGCAAGAGCUGAGGGGUUGCGGAUAUCGAAUUUAGGUUUCUUGCUUGUAGAGGGGCCACCGCCGUCUUCAGUCUCGCCGUGGUGAGUUCGCGCGAAUUGCUCGCCGGCGCGUUUGGGGCGGGCUGCUGCGUAGCGGGAGGACAUUUUGGUUGUAUCUCAGGAAACCAUGGGUUAGAUUGGUGGCUGUUUGGAUAUGUGGUUGAGUUGUGAAGUGGAGUUUGUAUUUUGUUGUUGAAGUGGAGUGAAUCGAGUCUACUGCGAAGCUAGCUAGAUCGUGUGCCAGGCACACCCGAG